CAACCGCUGUUCCCGCGCUUUCACAAAACAGCCAUUGAAAACCUGCACUAAGAUUAGCUCAUCAAUCUGCCCUCUCCAUUCGAAUUUCUAUUCCUCCUUCUCUGUAAAUUCAUCCUAAAUUCAUUCUUCUCUCAAGCAACCAGGUUUUGAUUGACUGGACUCCGGCUCCGAUUCCCUCCCCCUUUUCCUCACCGGUCCCUGUCGAUCAAAACCUGCCGAUUUCCCCCAUUUUCACUUACCUGUAGCUUUCAGAUUCUUUCGGCGAAGGUGUAGGAUUAUCGAUUAUCGUGCUAAUUGGAACAAUGGGCACCUCUGUCAAGGGCAACUCUGUAAAGGGCCUCUUAAAAGGACUAAGAUACAUUUCACAGAUUUUCGAUGAAAAGGAACAGGAAAUGCAGAUUGGGCUUCCCACUGACGUUAAACAUGUUGCUCAUAUUGGAUGGGAUGGUCCAUCUGGUAAUCAAAAUAAUCCUGGCUGGAUGAACGAGUUCAAAUCUUCGCCACAAGACUCAGGGGAUUUGGUGAAUACUAGUGGGGAACUCCCCAGCAAAGAGUCUGGAGAGAUAGAUGUGCAAAAGGCAAAUCGAUCUCGAAAGUCAAAAUCGCAAACAUCAUCAGACACGUCUUUAGACUCUUCUUCUGCUCGGCGACACUCUGAGAAAGGUUCUAGGCGACAACGCUCAUCCUGCCCUUCAGGCGAAUCUGCUGCAGAAGGUAGUAAUCGAAGCUCACGACGUCAUCGUAGUUCGAAUCAAGGGGGUUCAUCAAGCUCAGAAAAUCCUGCCCCAAAACACUCACAUCGGAGGAAAUCUAAGGGGUCAUCUGACGGGGGUGAAUCAACAAAAUCCUCUAGAUCAAGGGAGAAUAACUCUUUAACAGACAUACCAACCCCAGUGUUGGAAGCAGUUGAUGAAGAACAGGGGUGAGCAGAAAUUCCAGACAAGGAACUAAACGGCAUUCUAGUCGAGCUGGGUGCUUCAGAUGGAUUCUCCUUGCCCGUAUAUGAACAUAAUUUUGUUGCCUUGGAGAUGAUAUGAAUCAUAUGACUUUAGCUUCAGUCAUCAGUUAUAAUUUUAUCACCAACAAAGUUGUCUGUGUAAACAUGUAACCAACAGUCAUUCUUCAAACGAUGACCCACACGUAAUCUGAAGCUUGAAUUUAUAUAUUCAGCGCCCCUUUUCAAUGCAGUGGUAUGAUCCUCAUAAAUCACUGAUUGACAGAACCAUUGUAGUCACAAAUAACAGCACUUAGAUAGAGCUUAUUGUUGCACUGUCAGUCUUGCAUAUUUGUGUAGCAUUUGGAACAUUUCAUUUCUCGGGUAAUACAAAUCUCUUAUAUCACCUAGAAAAUUCUCCAACUGCCUCCCUUAAACCACUGUUCCAUCCAUGUCUAACAAGGAUGCCAUAGAAGCUUUCGGGUGUUCAGAGAGCCUUUUAAGCUGUCAAGGCUCAUAAGAGCCUGCAGUGGAUUUGGAUUUAAGUUGUUAGGAGGGAAUCCACGGGAUGAUCAUAGGUUUAUAAGCAAGGAACACUAUCUCUAUUGGUAUGAAACCUUUUAGGAAAAUCAAAAGCAAAGC